CCAAAGUUUUGCUUCGUCUGCUUCGUUUUUUCGCACAUCAAAAAUAUACGCAUUCUUCUACCGCUAUAAUAUAAAUAAGUCGUGAUACAUUUUGGAAUGCUUUUUUCCUGUUGAAAUAUUUUGAGUGAGAAAUUAUACAAUCAUCGUUUGGCAGAAUGUCAAAGGACAUCCGCUCUUUCUUCAGCGUAGGAGCUAAAUCCAAAAAGCCGGACACACCGAAACCAAGUCCCCAACAGGCAGCGCCGAAACGGAAAGCUAUCGUCUAUAGCGACGAUGAGGAGCCGGAGAAGGAACGUAAACAGUUGGAAGUCGCUGAGAAGCCCAGUUCACUGAACAAGAAAAGACGCGUGAUCGAUUCGGACGAUGAAGAGAAAACUUCACCUGUGAAGUCGAAGAAGAGUUCCAGUUCCUCGGGAUCCGUCGGAUCGAGCAAACUGAAGCCGGUCAGUGCAGCAGACGUUUUCAGCUCGGCACCGGUCAAACGAAUCGAGACACCCAGACCGAGUAAGAAAGCUAUCAAGGAGGAAAUUGAAAUUCAUUCGGAUGAUGAAUUCGAAAAAACGCUGAUUGGGCUGGAUGACAGCGGAGUUGUGCCAGAGACUCCGAAAGCGACGAAAAAUGGCAAGGACAAAAUUAGUCCGGCGAAAAAGGAGAAGGAUGAACGGAAGACUAACGGCCAUGGAGACCAUAGGGAGAAGGUUAUAACCACGGAUAAAAAGAGGGAAGAGAAAAGGAAGGAUACUCCGGAAAAGAAGAGGGAAGAGAAACGAAAACAUACUCCAGAAAAGAAACGUGAAGAGAAAAAGGAUACUCCGGAGAAAAAGCGGGAAGAGAAAAGGAAGGAAACUCCGGAGAAGGUUAAAUCUCAAAGUUCGGAAAAGAAAAAAGAGAAGCCGGUUCUUAGCAAAGACUCAAGUACCGAGGAAAGUACUACUCCCAAAGCAUCCAAAAAGAAUCUCAACGAAUCCGUUUUGUCUGAUGAGGAGCGACACGAACGAAAGCGUAUGUCCGCGAUGUUGUACCAAAAGUUCAAGAAUCGAGCUGGUCCAUCAAACCCGGGAAGUAAAGAGAUACCCAAAGGCAAGCCAAACUGUUUGCUGGGUCUCCAGUUUGUUGUAACGGGCGUUCUGGAUUCACUGGAACGAGAUGAAUGCGCUCAGAUUAUCAAAGAUUUUGGUGGAAAGGUGGUCAGUUCGGUGACCAAAAAGGUUACCCACAUGGUCAUCGGUGAGGAAGCUGGACCUUCCAAACUUGCGAAAGCAGAGGAAUUUGGAAUACCUCAGCUUUCCGAAGACGCAUUUCUUGAUUUGAUUCGGGAACGGUCUGGUCUUCCGACAACUGGUGUUCCGAAAAGGGAUUCUUCAACAAAAGCUUCCGUUAAAGAAGAAAAAUCCCCUUCGAAAGAAAAGAAACGUAAAAAGACGGACGAACCGGUACCGAACAAGCGAACUCCAGAGAAAAAGCCUUCGGAAUCGAAUUCGACACUUCCGAAGGUACCAAAAAUUCCCAAACUUGAAAAAUCUUCUCCUGAGAAAUCGAAAAUUUCUAAAAUGGAGAGCAAAUCACCGGAAAAGAAGCCUCAGGUCGCUUCUCCAACGAAACGCGCGGAGAGCGCCUACGAAAAGGACAUCCACAGCACCGACAACAUGGCCUGGGUGGACAAAUACAAACCGACCUCGGUGAAGCAAAUUAUCGGCCAAACCGGAGCAUCAAGCAAUGUUCAAAAAUUAACGAACUGGCUAUCCAAGUGGCACUCGAAUCAGGACGGUAAAAAAAAGAUUCCCCGACCAAAUCCUUGGGCUAAAAAUGACGAUGGCAGUUACUAUCGGGCAGCGCUUCUCUCCGGACCACCGGGAGUCGGAAAAACGACCACGGCUACGCUAGUCUGUAAGGAGCUUGGGUUCGAUGCGGUUGAGUUCAAUGCUUCCGAUACGCGUAGCAAGAAACUGCUGAAGGAGGAAGUCUCGGAGCUGCUGAGCAACAAGUCUCUGUUUGGUUACUUUACCGGAUCGGGGAAGAAGGGUGAAAUGGUAACCAAUAAGCAUGUACUGAUAAUGGACGAAGUUGACGGGAUGGCAGGAAAUGAGGACCGUGGCGGGAUCCAGGAGUUGAUUGGACUGAUCAAGGAGAGUCAUGUGCCGAUCAUAUGCAUGUGUAACGAUCGGAACCAUCAGAAGAUGCGCUCGCUGGUUAACUAUUGCUACGAUUUAAAGUUCAGUAAGCCGAGGGUUGAGCAGAUUAAGGGAGCUAUGAUGUCAGUUUGCUUCAAGGAAGGUCUCAAGUUGGCUCCUGGAGCACUGGAGGAAAUUAUAGCCGGUACCGGUGGUGAUAUCCGUCAGACACUCAACCAUUUGGCUAUGUACAGUGCCGGAAAAGCAAGCGGUUUAAGCUUGAGCUUGGAUAAGGCUAAACAGGGAGCGGACUCAGCCCGCAAGGAUGUUAAGUUGGGUCCGUGGGAAGUAAUAAGAAAGGUCUUCUCAGCCGAGGAUCACAAGAAUAUGUCAAUCCACGACAAGUCAGAUCUGUUCUUUCACGAUUACAGCUUAGCACCGCUGUUCGUGCAGGAAAAUUAUCUGAAAGUUACGCCGAAAGUUCCAAAAACACAAGUUAUGGAUCAAAUUGCAUUGACGGCAGACAGUUUGAGCCGAGGAGACAUGGUUGACCGGAGAAUAAGAUCGAACAUGGCCUGGUCGUUGUUACCACUUCAAGCCAUGUACACUUCGGUACUGCCCGGAGAAUAUAUGGAAGGUUUCUUCAGCGGACAGAUCAAUUUCCCCGGUUGGUUGGGAAAGAACUCAAAAGCAACGAAGCGUAAGCGUUUGGCACAGGAGAUUCACGAUCACACCAGAACUUGUACUUCCGGCUCAAGACUCUCGGUUAGAUUGGACUAUGCACCGUAUCUUUUAGAUGCGAUUGUCCGACCGCUAAAGGAGAAUGGAUCGGAUGGUGUGGCGGAAUCGCUGGGCGUCAUCCGAGAUUAUCAUUUACUCAGAGAGGAUUUGGAAUCACUUGUCGAGCUAACUAGUUGGCCCAAAAAGAAAAGUCCAAUGGAGUCGGUAGAUGGGAAGGUGAAAGCCGCACUGACCAGGGCUUACAACAAGGAGAUUGCUCCCUAUUCCUAUUCGGUAGUGAAUGCCGUCAAGAAGAAGAAAGCUGAGGCAGCCGAGGAAGCUGCUGCCGAAAUGUAUGGCGAAGAUGAUGAAAUUAAUAAUGCGGCUGUCGAGUCCGAAGAGGAUAAGGAUGAUGAUGAUAUGGAAAAUAAUGCUUUCAUCAAGGUCAAGAAGAAGCCUGCUGGAAAGGGAGCCGCAGCAGCUUCCGCGGCUGGGAGUAGCAAAGCGAGUGGUUCGAAACCGAAAGGAACUACUUCGACCAAAGGCAAGAAAAAGUAGGUUCUUGUUCUAAUUAUACUGUUUCGUAUUUUUUGUAUUGAUUUAUGUUA